UAUUGACAAGGACGUCCCAUACCAGUACCAAUAACCACCAUAAGACUCAGUAAUCCUCUCUUCUUGGCCACUCAUCAUCCUCUUGUUUGCGACAUUCUCCUGAUUGCCAGCCACACCGUAAGAUUCUUCUUAUACAUUUCUGUUCUCUAUCUACUCUAAUCUUAUUCCACCGCGAUAUCUCCGAUGCUUUUCAGAUCUCCUCCACAUAUUUACACGUGAGACUUCCAAAUAUUGUUCAUACCAUGUCACAAACACGUGACCUAAAUGUUGAUGUAUCUUUCUUUCAUUAACUUCUGUCAUUUCCCAGAAAGUUGUGAUGGCAACCACCAUAUAUAGCCUCAGGCAGCAGCAGCAACUUGCACUUCAAGGAGAUGCUUUUCACUAAUCAUUGUUGUAAACAAGCUUCAUUGGUCUCUCGUAUAGCUUUUCGGGGAGGACAUCAAAGGGGUGUCGUAUGGUAAGUGAUGAAGGAUGGUAUUUCAACAGCAACAUAAUUGAAUGGGUCCCAUGGCAUGCCUAUACUCUCGCAUGUGCAAAGAUUUAAAAUAUCCCUUCAUCCAGUUCAUGUAAACUAAAAUCCCAUUAGGACUGUAACUGCGUCUAGCACACAAGAUAGUUCUAUGAAGUGCUUCGAUUUUACUGUGAUUGGUAGUGGUGUUGCCGGUAUUCGUUAUGCUCUUGAAAUGGCCAAAUUUGGGACUGUUGCAAUAAUUACCAAGGCUGAGCCUCACGAAAGCAACACAAACUAUGCCCAGGGUGGUGUAAGUGCUGUUUUGUGCCCUACUGAUUCAGUGGAGAAUCACAUGAGGGACACCAUUGUAGCAGGGGCUUAUCUUUGUGAUGAGGAGACUGUCAGAGUUGUGUGCACUGAAGGGCCAGACAGGAUUAGAGAAUUGAUUGCGAUGGGUGCAUCUUUUGACCAUGGAGAUGAUGGAAACUUGCAUCUGGCAAGAGGGGGACACUCUCAUUGCAGGAUUGUCCAUGCUGCUGAUAUGACGGGAAGAGAAAUCGAGAGAGUAUUAUUAGAGGCAGUUGUCAAUGAUUCGAAUAUUCAUGUUUUCCAGCACCAUUUUGCAAUAGAUUUGCUGACAUCUCAGGAUGGUUCAGACACUGUUUGUCAUGGUGUAGACACUUUGAGCACUGAAACUCAGGAGGUUGUACGGUUUAUCUCAAAGGUUACUUUGCUUGCAUCAGGUGGGGCAGGUCAUAUUUAUCCAACAACUACCAAUCCUCUGAUAGCUACAGGUGACGGGAUGGCUAUGGCUCAUCGAGCUCAAGCUGUGAUAUCAAAUAUGGAAUUUGUUCAGUUCCAUCCCACAGCCUUAGCUGACGAAGGUCUUCCCAUUAAGCCAACAAAGAUUAGGGAGAAUGCAUUUCUAAUUACAGAAGCUGUUAGAGGCGAUGGAGGCAUCCUGUAUUAUAACUUAGCCAUGGAAAGAUUCUUCAUGCCUUUAUACGACGAGAGAGCAGAACUUGCUCCUAGAGACGUGGUCGCCAGAAGCAUGCUGAAGAAACGCAAUGAGAAAUAUGUGCUUCUAGACAUAUGCCAUAAAUCCAUCAAAGAAGAAAUACUGAGUCAUUUUCCCAACAUAGCUGCCGAGUGCCUCAAGUAUGGCCUGGAUAUAACCCGGCAGGCAACCAAUUCCAGUAGUUCCAGCCGCAACCAUUACAUGUGCGGUGGAGUCAGGGCCGGUCUAGAAGGAGAGACGAAUGUGAUUGGUUUAUACGUGGCUGGUGAGGUUGCAUGCACUGGUUUACACGGAGCUAAUAGAUUAGCUAGCUAGCAAUUCAUUACUAAAGCAUUAGUCUUUGCAAGAGCAGUCCAACCUUCAAUAGAUCAUCAUCACAUGAAGAAGAAGAAGAAGAAG